GUCAAAUUUGGUAAACAUUUCAAAAAAAUAUCUAUUUUUAAGUCAAAUAAUAAAAAUAAGAUUAAGACAUAGGAAGAAGUCAAUUCAUAGAGUUUAAUAAUGAAUAACGUAUGUAGAACUUGCCUCAGCACAAACAAUCUUUUUCCGUUAAGAAAUGAUGAAACACUUAUUACAAAAAUUGAAGUCAUUUCAUCAAUCAAUAUAUCAUUAGAUACUGAUAAUUAUCCUGCAGUAAUAUGUGCAGCCUGCAUAGAAAAAGUCAAUAAAUUUUAUUGCUUUCGAAAAAUAAUCAUCAAUAGUGAUGUUGAACUUAGAGAAAAAUGUGAAUUGAUAACAAAUUCACAAAAUAAAAUUAGUACAAAACGGAAAAGAAACAGUGAUAAACCAAGAAAGAGGAUAUUAAAAAGAAAAAAAUUAAUAAAAAAAGUUGAAAAUGGAGGAGAAAUUAAAGCAGAGCCAACUGCCGAAGAAGAUAGUGUUUUAGAGAGGUUAUACAUUCACGAAGAUGAUAAUGUUGAUCAUGAGCAAACAUUUAAAGAAGAAUUAGAAGUACCUGAUGUUGAUUUGAAUUGUAAGGAAUGUUCAUUACUAUUUGACACUAAAAUAGACCUAUAUAAACACAAUAAAAUAUGUCAUAGACUUAAAAAAUCAAAACGGUUAGACUGUGUUGAAUGUAAUGUAACAUUUACCUCUCAAAAUGAACUAUCAAAUCAUAAACGAAAUGUACAUACUGCUCCUGGAAUUUGUAACAUAUGCGGUGUUGUUCUCCGAGCAGACAACUUGAAGAAACAUGUUCAAAGACAUUCAGAAGAUCCCGUUACAUGCAAAAUUUGUAUGAAAGUGUUAAAGAAUUCAGAAUCUUUAAGAGGUCAUUUAUUAAUUCAUAAAGGUACUUCAUUUGAAUGUGAACAGUGUGAUAAAACAUUUACACUGAAAUCUGAAUAUCAUAGGCAUUUGAAAAAACAUACAGAUCCCAACGUUCGUAAAAAGAUGUGUACAGUAUGUGGAAAAUACGUAAGAGAUCUUCAGAGGCAUCUUUUGACUCAUACAGGAGAACGUCCUUUUAUUUGUCCACAUUGCAAUAAAGGUUUAACAAGCACCUAUGCUCUCAAACUGCAUAUUCGGCAGCAUACCAAUGAAAAGCCUUUUAUCUGUGAAUAUUGUAGUAAAGGAUUUGCCCAGAAAGUUUCGCUUUUGACACAUCUUAAAUCUAAAGCUCACAGUUAAUGUUCAGUACAAAAUAUGUAAAU